AUGGAUCGAAGAGAUCCAGUCCACCCAGGCCAGCACUCGGCCUGGACCGAAUCAGAGGUGUCGACGCGCAAGAACUCGGCGGAGUGGCAAACAUCAAGACCAAACUCUCCCAAGCUGGCACCGCUAGACCUGGCAUUCAACGAGAAGGGCAACGGCAAGGAGAAGGACGAGGGCGCCUACAGCACCUCCAUCACACCCGUCGUCGAGAAGGGCGCAUCACCACACGGCCACGGCGAGCAUGGCCACAUCGACAUCAACGACCCCAACCGGCCGCGGAUGGGCUUCAAGGCCCGCCUCCACCACUUCACCUGGGCCUGGUACACCCUCACCAUGAGCACGGGCGGUCUCUCCCUCCUCAUCUUCGCCCAGCCUCAUCAGUUCCCCGGCCUGAGGCAAAUCGGUACCGUGGUCUACGUCGUCAACAUCAUCCUCUUCGUCCUCGUCUGCUCGGCCAUGCUGGCGAGAUUCUUCCUGUACCCCGGCGACAUGAAGAAGUCGUUAACACACGAGCGCGAGGGCUUCUUCUUCCCCACGUUCUUCCUCUCCAUCGCGACGCUCAUCACGAGUACAAACCGUUACGCGAUCCCCGAAAACGACGAGACCCUCGUGUGGGCCAUCCAGGUCGCCUUCUGGGGCUACGUUAUCGUCACCCUCAUGUUGGCCAUCGGCCAGUACAGCUUCGUCUUCGCCAGGCACAACUUCGGCCUGCAGACCAUGAUGCCCACCUGGAUUCUUCCCAUCUUCCCCAUCAUGCUCUCGGGCACCAUCGCCUCCGUCAUCGCCGACACCCAGCCCGAGAUCGCCGCGGUGCCCAUCGUCGUCGCCGGCCUCACCUGCCAGGGCCUGGGUCUCUCCGUCGCCGUCCUCAUGUACGCACACAUGGUCGGCCGCCUCAUGUCCGCGGGCCUGCCCAACCGUGAGCACCGCCCCGGUCUGUUCAUGAACGUCGGCCCCCCGGCAUUCACCGCCCUCGCCCUCAUCGGCAUGGCCAACGGCCUCCCUAACAACCUCGACCCCGACCGCGACGGCAUCCUCAUCGAUGUCGGCAUCAUCAGGACCAUCGCCCUCAUGUGCGCCAUCUUCCUCUGGGCUCUCGCUGCGUGGUGGUUCGGCAUCGCCACCAUCGCCGUCAUCUCAUCGCCCCCCGUCUACUUCCACCUGGGCUGGUGGGCCAUGGUCUUCCCCAACACCGGCUUCACUCUCGCAACCAUCACCAUCGGAAACCAGCUCGGCAACGAAGCGGUUCUGUGGUUUGCCACCGCCAUGUCGCUCGUCCUCCUCGGCACCUACUUCUUCGUCCUCUACCACCACAUCAGGGCAGUUGUCAUCCAAGACAUCAUGUACACCAUGAGAGACGAGGACUACAACGACCACUAA